GCCCAGGCGAGGACGGGCGCGAGCCAUCCGGUCUCUCGGCGACGACGACGACGACGACGACGAUUCGCGGCGCGGCUCGGCGGUGUGGCGCGUCAACGGGGGGCGCGGACGCCUUUCGAAAGUGGCACACGUAGGCAACAGGUGUCCACGUUGAUCGCCGCGCGCGUUCCACGGCCGAGCGGACAGUCGGCGCGCGUCGUUCGCGGCAGCGACGGGUCGUCCGGCGCGUUCAUCGCUGACUCAUCAGCCCCGGGGCCGGGGCGUCCUGCGGCCGGGGGUGGCACGACGGGCGGCAGAAUGAAUUACGACUACUUGGUCAAGUUCCUGGCGCUCGGCAACUCCGGCGUCGGCAAGACCAGCUUCCUCUACCAGUACACCGACGGCACCUUCAACUCCAGAUUCGUGUCCACCGUUGGGAUUGACUUCAAGGAGAAGCGAGUGAUAUAUCAGACGGCGAAUGGCAGGAGUCAACGAGUGCACCUGCAGCUUUGGGACACGGCCGGUCAAGAGAGGUUCAGAAGUCUAACCACAGCCUUUUACCGGGACUCCAUGGGUUUCCUACUAAUUUUUGACCUGACCAAUGAAUCGUCGUUUCUCGAAGUUAGAAACUGGCUGGAGCAGCUUAGGACACACGCAUAUUGUGACGACCCAGACAUAAUUCUCUGCGGCAAUAAAUCCGAUCUUGAGGACAAACGUGUCAUCAGCGAGCACAAAGCGCGGGAUCUUGCGGAAAGGCACGGGUUGGUUUAUCUGGAGACAAGUGCCGCGACCGGGCAGAAUGUCGAGCGUGCCGUAGAGAUUUUACUGGACCGCGUAAUGCGCAGAAUGGAGGCUACGGUGGAUAAGUCGCCGUUACCGCAUCAAAAAGCUCUAAGAUGUCACGAGCGCGACACUCCGCCACCCAGGACCUCCUGCUAUUGCUGACAGUGUCGGUACAUGUAGUUAUUUAGACUACAUUAUGUCAAAAUGAAAAGAAAAAGCGUAUUACGAAACUGCUGCCUUCAAUUUAUGAAGCAAAUCUCGUCAUGAACUCUUUCAGUUAGCAUGUUCGUUGCAAGUUUCAGAAACGUCGAGGGAUAUUUCCGUUGAUUAGCUUUUGCGUUUGCCAUCUGUCUCACGUUUAGGACAGAAAGUUCAAAUGGAAUAAGUAAUAAUCAAAAGGGAAAGAAUGAACCAAGGACAAAUUUUUCCACAUUUCAGUAUUAUACGAAUCUCAUUACGAUUAAUAUCUACGAGAAAGUAAUAGAAAGAUCUGCAAAUUAUUUUAUAUCAUUUAUAUACUAGACUAGAUCUGUCAUUUCUGUUUUUAUUGUAUAUUCAAUUUUUUAAUAAUAUAUAUUUAAAUUAUCUCGAUCGCAAUAUAUUUUACAGAUCUGCCUAAUGUUGGUUCAGGUUACCAGUUUGAUAUGUCAGACCAGCUUGCUUUGACUCUGAAUAUGGCACAUAUAGUAUUUUGUAUAACAACUGCAACGCGACGAACAUGUUAAGAAGCUUAAUAUAUAAUAUAUUUCUAUAUAAUAACGAUAAAUAUAUUUCUACAAAAUGGCUAUCCCGCGAGUUUUACGGGGAAACAUAUAUUGAUAUCUAUUUCUUGUUAUUCUGCACAUAUUAAAUGUCUUCCACUCGUCGCUUAUUAUCGAGUAAAAACAUCACUUCAAUGGAUCUGCCAAUGAACUCUCGAUUAUACUUAUACUAUAACGUUGAAUCUUCUGCGGACCACUCUCUAUUUCCUCUAACGAGGCUACCUUGCCUUAUAAAAUUCUUUUUAUAUCUCUAUCGUCUUCCAGUGUUGCUUGUUCUCGAGUGAUGACGUUCACCCAAUUUAAACGUCACUUAAAAGUGUCUUUCAUCCUACGAUAUAAACUGCUGACCUUUUCUAUCACUACUGUUAUACGCACAAGGUGUUCAAUAAGUCAAUCAUUUCUUACUCGCGAACAGUGUGAUAUGCGAUUUAUAUCGCAAUAGAAAUUUUGGAAGUCAAAGCGAAUCACUUUUGACUGUAUGUAACAUAUUUUUGAUGACGUUAUUAUAUAACCAAUCAGAAUUGAUAUAUACAUAUAUAUAUAUAUUUAAUCAUAAGCGAUUAAUAUAUUGGACAUAACCGGGUUAUCACAUAACGCGCGUAUACCGGCGAACUAAUCUCUUGUGAUAUUUAUAUGAAUAAAACUACAAGUCAUUGUGUUGUGAUUAAUCAUUAAUGCCUCAGUACUAUGAAAUAAAUGCUACUAAUGUUGAAAGAGA